GAUUUUUAGUGGUAUGUAAACAAUAAUAACAUAAAUAAAGCCCAGGUGGGGUUGAAAAUAAGAAAUGCAUAUAAAUUUAACGAAAACAAUUCACCAAAACCUUUGCAGAGCCAGAAAUUAAAAACCAUUUACUGUCUCAUAGUAAUAGUAACAAGACGCGUGUUGCUUUCGCUGCUAUUUCGUCCUGAUAUUUUUUGUUUGUUUCUCAACUCAACAACUCACUGCCUUGCCGUAAAAAAAAAAAUGUAAGUCAGUCAAUCGCCAUUGGCCAAUUGGUCACCACAUUCAACACUGAGUCCACUGAACUGCUUGCUUUACCAUUUGCACUUUCGUCUUAGCAUUCUUAGUUUUAGGGCACUUUAGUGUCUUUAGGCUAGUGCUUUUUAGUUUAAAAAAAAUAUUAAGACUUUUCUUCGAUGAUUUCUAAAUAAGUUAAACUUUAAUUCGGUCAAUGAGGCUAGGAACAAAUACCUCCCCCCACUUUGUGUGUGUGUUUCAAAAUUAUGACUGAUAUGUGAUAUGAUUAUGAACAUCUUUCUUAAUGGCUAAUCGGCGGCCAUCGCGGGACGAUCUCUACACAUUUACCGGCUAAUCUUAUCACCUAUAAUUUAAGAAUGGUUAAGAUUAUAGUGCCUUGUCACUAAUAAGUUUUAUAAGUCGUACAGAACCAAAAUAUAGAAUUACAUUCAAUCAUAAUCAUAUGGAUAAUAUUAAUAUGCCCAUACAUAGUUAAUUCAACUGCUGUGGUAAAUGGAGCUUUCAGCCAAAAAAAGAAAAGUAGCCAAUCCAUGGACAAAAUGCUGCAUUUGUCUUUGCAGUAAACAUAGGCCAAAGCUCAUGCCUUUGCUACUUGCAUUAAGGUGGUAAGCACAGCCUUUAACUUAAAGGUUUUAGGUUUACUGCUGCAGUAAACAUAGUGCCAACUUUUUAAUUUAUAUUGGAUGUCACUUUUUAAACUUGACAAUAUGUUACAUACUUUUGCUGUCAAGCAGAAUAGAUGCAAAGUUCUCCAGCUGAUGGGGAAAAUAUUUUCUCUCCUAUAAUUCCCAAAAUACUCAGUAUGGCUUUUCAGACCUUUCGUGAUAUUCCUGUGGUGUACUUGAGUGAGUAAAUACCUCUGGGGGUGAACUGCACAUAGGUCCUGAUUUCAUCAUUAAAAAUUCAGGAAAAUAGUAAGAUCAAGAUAUGUGAAAGAUUUAACAUAUCCGGUUCUUACUAUUUCCUUCAAUCGGCUUAAAGACAUUCCCUACCUUAUCCUUUAAAAUUAUGAUAAGCCUAUAUUUUUAUUAUGAAUAAUAAUGCUAGAUUUAAAAUUAAAAGCUAAAUAUUGUACAAGAUAUUCACAUUUGUUAAUAUUGUGAAAUUUUCAUUUCAUUGAUUCAUCAUGUUAUGGUUGCAUCAUUUUCCUCCCCUCCCUUUAUUUUGGGCAUAUUUAAGAUGUUUAGACCUCAGAGGUGUCACUAGGGUUGGUAUCACCCGAUGCAGUAAAUACAUAGCGCCUUCCCCACCACCUUUUCCAGACUCCCCCUCCCCACCCAGACUGAGUAAUUAUUAAACAGGUCAUACAGAACGGUCCAAAGCAUUGUUUUUAAGUAAAGUCCUAAAACAUGAAAAGACGUAACAAGAAAACAUAGAAUAUGAGGUAACAGCAUUUAAUUAAUUUUUAUUGGCUCAUUAUUCUUUACAGUUAAAACUUUCCCGUGCUUCAAAGAUGCACACAUGUCAAUCUCUUUAUCCAAAACAACAUUCUUCUCCAUGCAAAAUUUCAAUUGACAAAAUCUCUAGACCAGAAGUUCUAAACUGCUCCAUGGUAAAUUUCAAACAGUUCUUUAUAAGUUUCACUUUUGAAAAGCUUUUCUCGCAUGAAGCCACUGAUACACAAUUCAUGAUAAAUAAUUGUAAGCUUAAUGAGAGGAUUGGGAAAGUUUCUAGGAAGUUCUAUUCAACUAUAAAUUUCAAAACUUUGAAUACUGACAGAUCUUUGGCCUUGUCGAGAUUAAUAUCUGCUGCUUUCAGAUGCUUUCAUAGCCUUGGUAUUUCAAUUAAAAGUUCACUUUGGGUUACUUAUCUUAGAAAGUGAUGAGUUUUGGAAUGGACACCAGUAAAUCUUCAUCAGUUACUAAUAGUAGACUCUUAGCUUGAACAGCUUCAAACAGACUUGAUAAUUCCUUAAUAAUCAGAUCUGGAGUUCUGAUCAAUAUGCUUAACAUCAUACUCUUUUUUUCUUUCUUGCAAAAUGAGUCUUAAUGGCGCCCUGCUCUGGUGACACUCUAAUCUGGUGACACUCUAAUCUGGUGACAGCCUGUUCUUGUAUUUAACUGAGUCCUGAUAUGAAACUGACCCAAGCCAAUUGUCAAAUUUCCAUUUGAUGUCACCACCCCCCCCCCCUUUUUUUGGGGCUGUCAUCUGGUGCAGUCCGCACCUCCCUUGUGACUCCACUGGUAGACCAUAGACUUGAAUUGCAUUCAUUUCAUUGUCCUUUUAAUUUUUUGAUUUUUUUUUAAAACACUCUAUUCUGGUGACACUCUAAUCUGGUGACAGCCUGUUCUUGUAUUUAACUGAGUCCUGAUAUGAAACUGACCCAAGCCAAUUGUCAAAUUUCCAUUUGAUGUCACCCCCCCCCCCCCCUUUUUUUGGGGCUGUCAUCUGGUGCAGUCCGCACCUCCCUUGUGACUCCACUGGUAGACCAUAGACUUGAAUUGCAUUCAUUUCAUUGACCUUUUAAUUUUUUGAUUUUCAUUAAAAUCAUUCCUCACACUCAUUAAGUUCUUAAAGAAGAAGUUGAGCUGGUAUUUUUUUUUAUACCACAUUUAAUAUUUUGAAUCACCAGGCAUUGUCAACACCAGCAGCAGAAGAUCAUGAUAUCCUUUCUAAGGACCUAAAAGUCAUAGGACAAAGAUCAAGAGGUAAAACUUGGUUAAGUGAUGGAUACAUUUUAUCUUCUUAACAUUUAUCUGUCUAAAUUUCUUAGCAUUAUCAAUCAUAUGAUCUUAAAGCUCUGAUGCUUUGUUCAUAAAUGUGAAAAAAUUAUAUCAUCAAAGUCCUAUUUGUGCCUGGAAAGCAAAGGGGUUCGCAAAUAUGGUAGCUUAGACAUCUAGGGGUAAUAGCUUUAUUUUGAUUAAAGUGAGGGAGAGUUUAGCAAUUCGUCAGCCUCACUCUUUCAUCCUUGCCUUUGCAAUGUAGUGUUGAAAGCUCUCCAGUGCCUACAUCAGCUUCUGUCUUACUCAAGAGCUGCUGUGUGAUUCCUGCCAUCCUUGCGGCUGCAAGGGGCUUCAGAUAUUUAAGAGGCCCAAAGUUGUGAUGCGGAGCAUUUUAUUAAAAUAUUAACUUUGAAUGCAGGGGCGCAAAACUGAAAAUUGGCAGGAGGCCUCAAAAAGACACCCGACUGCUCUGGUCUUACUAUCAGUAUGAAGAAAAACUGAAGUCUUAACCAGUCAGUUCAGUCAGCUCCUGGAAAGCCUUUUGAAGAGCCCAACAUCACUGUCAGUGGGCAAAGACUUAAACUGGUUAACAGCUCCACCUAACUCGGCAGUACACAUCUGCAGUGCCAGCGCAACCCUCACUGAAAGUGUCCAGCAUCCACCCUGUCAUGUAGGAGCAAACAGCAUCCACCCUGUCAUGUAGGAGCAAACAGAGAAUGAGUGAGUCUCUUGGUGUUCUCCUGCCUCCAUGCAGCCUGAGGCCAACUAAAAGCUGCCGCAGAGCUCUAGUGUCAAACCCACAAAAAUCCUGUGCUGCCAUUGCUUCUAGAGAUUUCCUAUUCAUUAUUUGCUCUUCUAGCGCAAGAACUUUCUGUGCAAGUAUCAGCCUCUUGGGCCAUUGGCUCACUCCCAGAUGAACUUGCCCCAGCAGCCCUCGGAUGACAAGAGUGAGCCCCCCCCCCCCAUUAGUCAACAGAUAAGCACACUCACAAUUUUUAGAAUUGGAAUGUUGAGUAAUAUUCUAAAAUGUGCUUACAUUGUCCAUAAAUAAAUCAUUCUUUCAAACUUUUAAAAUAUUGUUCCAUGAAAUUGUAUCGUCUGUUAUUUGAGGUAAAGCAUUUUUUUUUCCCCAGAUUUGAUGCUAAGAUGUUCAAGUUACCCUUGGCCUCAUAUGCAGAAAUGCAAGCAUUUGUUAAAUCUGUGUCUUGUCUAAGACAGUCUAUUGUAGCACCAGUUUACCUCUGCCAUCGUUAGUAUUAACAUUUUAUUCCAUUAAGUGAUCAGUGCUUAAAUUUGGGAGAUAUAAAAUAAAAUAAGGAAAAAUCAUAAAAACAUUAGAAGUCAAAUAAAUGAAAUGACCCACUAUUGACUUAAAUAUAAUUUUAUAAAAUAAAUUAAAAUGAUUUCAUCUGUACGCUAAGCUUUUUUAAUUUAUAUUAAUUUUUAAAGUAGAAAAUAAUCUUUAUCAGGUUAAAGGAUAAUUUUAUUAAUUGAAGUACUUUUUUAAAGAAUUUUACUUUUUAAAUUAGCUUUCAUAAUAUGGGACCAUUUCCCCCACCAAAUUGAUUAAAUAGUUUCAUUACUAAAGUUUAAAAAAACAAAGAAUGGACAUUUUCCACUGACAUUUUGUUAUCAUAAAAUAAAAUUUAAGUUCACAAAUGUAUUCUUCUUGUGGGUGGGUCUUUUAAAAAACAAGCUUUCAUUCAACAGAGUUGAUAUUUUUAUUUUAAACUCCAAUUUUUUUCUCCAGAAUGUCAACAUCAGCUUGCUAGAGUGAAGACAAGAAGAAACCACAGUCAGUCCCUAGCAAGAUACUCUAAUGUAACUUGCAUCACUGGUGUGUACAGCCCACCCUACACUUUACAUAAAAAAUCUGUCACCUGGCAACUCUGUUUCAACCGUCAUUCAUCCACUAAACCCCCACCUACUACAGAUGGGGACCAGAACAGUAACAAUGUUACUGGCUCAACUCCUUCAUCAAAAGCUCCAGGCGGUCAGCAAGUUUUUGGCCCCGACCCUAAAGUUCUCAGCUCUACUGACACCAAACCAGGGACUUCGGGUGAAGGGCCUGACGUUGCUGCUGAGGUUGAAAGAAAGAAAAACAAAUUGUUGAGUGGUAAAGUUCAUUUUUCAUGCUCAUAAGCUGCAUUGUGUUAUUUCAUUGUAUAUUUUCAGAAUUUUUAAAAUAACAUUUUCAUACACACACAAAAAGUAAUUUAGUUUUUAUGGGUAUGAAAAAAGGCCAAAUUUUAUUUUUUUAAAAUUAAAGUGUUGAAUAAUAUAUUUUUGUACAUUUGUGUGUGUCCUCAUCAAAAGCUUAGCACAUUGUUGCAUGAUAACCACAGUUGUGCUGAAAAUUUUCUAUUAUAGAAAUUUUGAACUAAAUUUCAAAUCUUUGUCUUUAUAUUUUCAGUGAUCCCUCGUAUGCGGAAACCAAACCCCAUUGACUAUAGCUAUACUGGAAACAUUUACAUCCUGCCUCGACGAGCUGUCAUGGAAUAUCUCCUUAAGCCAAGGUUUGGUCGUACUCUAUUAAAUCUGUCAUAUGCCAACGUUUCCCAACCUGGGGUGUCAGCACAAGCAAUCCCAGGGGUUGCCAAGAGCAUUUCAGGAAAAGUUAUCAUAAGAACGGAGGAGACAUUAGCUUUUAAGCUAUGAUACAAAUGUUUCUAAAUGCUAAAACAAAUUUAUUCAUUGUUAUGUUCCUUUUUGUCAUAAGUCACAAGUUUAUUUUCUAAGUUCUACAGUUCUCUAAGCUAUUCAAUAAAUAUAUUAGAAGGGGAAUAUUUUCAAAUUAAAAAAUGCAUUAGGUGGAUGCAAGAUUUGGUGAAACUACUAGUAUGAGAUUUGGUUCAAUAAUUGUCACAAAUAAUAAAAACAAAGUCUAAUGUUCUCAGUGAUUUGGUGGAGCUGCCAAAGUACACCAGGAGAAGUCCUUAUGACGAUGGUACACGAAUCACGCUAUAUCUCAGAUCUGAUGUGGAGGAAGUGUGAGUAACAAGCAGUGUGCUCAGAGAAACAUAUACUCAUGUCAACAUAUAGAUAUGUUUACACAUGAUGUCAUAUAAUACAUGUACACUUAAAAUGACAUUUUUUUAAAGAGAAAUAUUGUCUCAGUGCUAAACACCGCCCAUUAGAUUUUCCCUAUUCUAUCAGUGCAUUAAACAAGUUAACAUUUUAUCAGUUCAAAAUUUUAUUAGGGAAGAUCAGAUAACAGACUAAAUUACUUAUAGUUCACUAGUUACAUCUACAUUUACUUUAUAUUUUACUUAAUAUUUUUUUAAGGCUGUCCUGUUCAAGCUCAAAUAUAUAUAUUUUUAUUUUUUUUAAAUAACACUUUGCAGAUAACCGACCAUACUGACCAAAACAAGUAAAAUUUUCUUGAUUUGUUUCAGUGCAUUAAAAAAAUGGGGAGACUUUGAUAAGUUGAACAAAGAGAAGGCCAAAAUUAGAAGUUCUGACAGUUUGAAAAAUUGUAAGAUUUUCCUUUUUUAUUCUCUUGUUAUAAGCAUGGUCACCGUACCUCAGAAUUUAGGGUUUCAGAGAAAUUUUUAAAAAAAGGAUAUGAUAAGGUAAAAUAAGACAAAAUAAGAUAGAUAAGAUUCUUUUUUGAUCCGUAGACAUGGAAAUUUGUUUAAAUUAAAUUGUAUAUACUGACUUUCGUCAUUUACUUAAAAACACUGAUAGUUAAAAACAAGGAAGGAAGAAAAAGAACCUGAUUAGUUAACGGAACUGUAUUAAAAGAGGACAUAUUUGUAUAUUUCCCCCCAGUUGACAUCACAGAUAUAAGGAUGUUACUUGGAGAGAUGCAUUCAUCCUCUGGCUUUGUGAAUCCUGAUGAUCCAAAUACCAGAAACAUCAAUGAUGGAGCAACCCCUUCAGCGCAGCCAAAAGUAGGUGCAAUCUCACAAAGUGAAUUCUGUCUCAACACAGUUGCCAGUGACUGUAAGGGUGCUCUCUGUGGAAGAGGGGGUGGGUGUUCUGAGUCAGGGUAAUCAGUAAAUUUUCUGUAAUUUAACUCGUCUUAAAUUUUCACCUGGAAAAGAAGCAAGAAGUUAUUUAAAAUUAGAAAGUUGCUGCCACAUCAACUGUGACCACUGAAUACACUGUAAACACAUGUAAAACCAUGGGAUUUGGAAGCAUAGAAUUUUAAAACUUUGAAGAUAAAGAAUUUUAACACAUGGAAGUGUAGAAUUCUAACACUAGGAUGUGUAGAAUUUGGGACUUGGAUGUGUAGAAUUUUAACACUUGGAAGUGUAGAAUUCUACCACUUGGAUGUGUAGAAUUUUUGGACUUGGAAGUAUAGAAUUUUAACACUUGGAAGUGUAGAAUUCUACCACUUGGAUGUGUAUAGAAUUUUUGGACUUGGAAGUAUGGAAUUUUAACUCUUGGAAGUGUAGAAUUCUAACACGUGGAUGUAUAGAAUUUUUGGACUUGGAGGUAUAGAAUUUUAACACUUGGAAGUGUAGAAUUCUACCACUUGGAUGUGUAUAGAAUUUUAAGACUUGGAAGUGUAGUGUUCUCUUGAAUAGUUAAUUGGCACCCUUUAGGCUGAAAUUCCACCAGAACACAGCUCACUGGAUCUAAAGGGAAAUUAUCUUUUUUUUUUUUUAAAAACAACAAAAGCAAGCUCAAGAUGCAAGUGUGGUGGCCUGUUAACAUGGAUAUUCAUAGACCUUGAAUGAAACUGCUAGCAAACCAUGUCAAACUACAGGACUACAUCCUGAUUGAUAAACCACAGAUAAAGUCAGUUGGAGGGGAGUGGGUAAAAAAAGUUGCAUCAAAUCUCACACUAAUUUUGGGGAUGAAUAAACUUUAAAUUAGAUAAUUUUACAGUAAUAAAAAGAUCCAUGUUUUCUUGCACCCCCAAAAAAAAAACUCUGUGGUGUUUUUAAGGGCUCCAUGAUCAAAUUAGGGAAACCUUGCCAUAAGAAAUAAUUGCAUUACACUAAAAUUGUGAAUAUAAUAAUUGUAUAUUUCAGGAACCAACUUUCUGGAGUUCAGGGUCAACAAAAGUUGUGCUGUCUGCUGUCUUGGUGUUAGUAAUGGUGGCACAUUGAAAUAUUAAAAAAAUUAGACCAUUAUUCUGAAAGAAAUAAUAUAAAUGAUUGAUUGAAGCAGCUCAUAAUUCAAGAAAUCGGGUUCCUUUGAUCUCUUUUUUUUUAUAUAUUAAUGAUUUUAUACUGUGGAAUAAAAUUAAACUUAUAAUUCAAGUUUAUUAUUAAUAUAUUAUUUUAAGUAAUAUUUACUGCAUCAGAAACUUAAAAUGAUGCAAAAAAUAAAUCUUAUUGGGACUUUCUUGGUUUGAAUAAAUCUGAAUGUGACUUUCUUGGUUUGAAUAAAUCUGAUUGUGACUUCUUAGUUGGAAUAAAAGAUAAUAAUUGAAGGACUACAUUCAAGAUGUUUGAAUGAAAUAGUAGAAUAAGCAAGGUAUGUUGAUUGGAGCCUUUUUCAGUGAACAGGACAAAUGAAAAGAAAACAAAAAACAGAGCACAAUAAAAAAAACUUUGUUGUCCCCGGAAGUAGGAUUCCAGGAAGUGAAAGAAUAUAAAUAUUGGUACUGUGAAAAAUAAGCUGAAACGUUCACAUCUUACUGUCCUGUCUUUUAAUUCAAGCUUAAAUUUACCUUGUUCUACUAUUUCAUUAGUUAGAAUAAAUCUUAUUAUGACUUUCUUGGCUUGAUUAAGUCUCUGAUAGUUAUAUCUUGUAUUAUUAGGAAUGGUAUAACUGUAUCAUCUUUUAGGUUUGAAAUAAUCUCUCAUGUUCAUGCAUUGUUUUAGGAAUGGAGCCAACACACUGACGAAGCUCAUAGCCUGGCUGUACACGGGAUCACACAGUAUGUUCUCUGAGUUUGUGCACUCGUUCGCUGACACAAUGAAUCAGGUUUGUUUAUUUAUGUUGUAGAUUGUUUAUGUUUGAACACUGUAAGUCCAGCUGACACAAUAAAUAAGUUUUUUUUGUUGCGAUUUUUUAAAAAUUUUGUUGUGUGUGUGUGUUCAAAACAUGUCAUUUAUGUCUUUGGUUAGACAUUGUUUUUCUUUAAUAUGCUCAAACAUUUUGUCUUUAGGUAUGUUUUUCUGGUUUGACAUUGUUUUGUUUAAUAUUUUGUGGCUAGACUUGCAUUCUCAUUCUAAGUUGGCAGCUGUCCUUUGACUCGGUUUAUUUGAAGUGAUUUAAGUGUUUUGUUUCAUUGCUCCAAAUUUUUUUAUUUUUUUCAUUUCCGCACCAAGAAAAGCGUUAAGGUAUGUUAACCUGUCUCCGGUUUUUCUUUGGCAAUAGAUUGUUCUUGGCUUUGGCUUGUAUCAUUCUUUCAAGAAGCCAGACACUGAUCACCCGUGAGUUUUUGUGAACUAACCUUUCUUGUUUUACCAACUGUUGCUCUUUGGGUUUUUUUUGUACACGACACAUCACAAGAUAACUUGACAACGAUAACUUUAAAAUAAGUUAAGCUGGGUCUGUCCUACAAAGAUCAUCAUCAAUUGUUAAUAUGCUGUGAUGUAGUCUUCACUGUUAAUCAAAUUUAAAAUUAUACAUUUUAAAUAUAUAUUUUUUUUAAUGAAUGGGUUAGAUAGAAUUAAGUAUUUUCAAAUAUUAUCAAUCAGUUUGAUUGAACUCAAAUUUUUUGUUUAAGAAAUGGUUUUUACAUUGAGUCAAACAGUUUAUUUCAUGUGCUCAUGGGAACUACUUCCUCAGAUACGGAUAUCGUAACUUACGACACAUCUCCUCUCUUAUCAGUGGAGUAGGAAUAUUUUUCUUUGGCACUGGACUGUCUUACUAUCACAGUCUACAAGGAUUUCUUCAUCCUACAGAACUGGGUAACCUAACAUGGGUAGGUAAAAACGUGUCUUACCACCACAGUCUACUGGGUAACUUAUCUUACUAUCACAGUCUACUAGGUAAUCUAACAUGGACAGGUAUGUCACUUACAAAAAGAUAGAAGUUGCUAUGUGAGGUGUACUGAGAUGGCACGAAGGGGUCGGACAAGUUGGACAUUUAUAUACAGAGAGAAUUCCAAAGGGAAAGCACAGAAAAGUGCCUUGCUGAUAUGUCAAGAGUAGUCUCCUAAUGAGGUGCCCUUGAGUUCAAACAAUUAACAAGCAUGUGAUUGAAAUGAGAAUGAGGCCCAUCAUGUUAAAUUUAAUGUUGUUGUUUUUUUAACUUCUCUAAUUUCAGCUUAAUAAUUUAUUUAGCCAGGGUUUCAGAUUUUUCUGUUUCAGGCAGUAGUCUAGAGUCUAUUCAUUGAAAUUUAAACUUUUUUUAAAAUGUAUUUUCUGUCCUUUUUUAAUCAGAAAUGUUAGAUUUUACUCUAUGAAUGUUAUGCUGAAGAAAUGUUAUAUUUUAAUCUAGAGAUGUUCAGUUGAAGAAAUGUUGGAUUGAAGAAAUGUUUGAUUUUAGUCCAAAGAUGUUAUGAUGAAGAAAUGUUAGGUUGAAGAAAUGUUAGAUUUUAGUCCAAAGAUGUUAAGUUAAAGAAAUGUUAAAUUUUAAUCUAGAGAUGUUCAGUUGAAGAAAUGUUGGGUUGAAGAAAUGUUUGAUUUUAGUCCAAAGAUGUUAUGCUGAAAAAAUGUUAGGUUGAAGAAAUGUUAGAUUAUAGUCCAAAGGUGUUAAGUUAAAGAAAUGUUAAAUUUCAGUCAUAUGUGUUAAGUUAAAGAAAUGUUAAAUUUUAGUCCAAAGAUGUUAUGCUGAAGAAAUGUUUAAUUUCAACUUGUCAUUUCUCCUUAGUGUGUGGCUACCUUGAUUGGAUCACUGAUAUCAGAAGGGGGUAAGCUGCAAUUCUAUCUCUCAGUAGUUAAAAAUAUUUAGUGAUGAACAUUUUAGUUUGGCCUCCCUUUAUAUUGUCACCACAUUUUUAUCACUUAUCCCUCCCACCAGCCACCCUGCUCAUUGCCAUCAACCAGGUCAAGAAAAGCUCUCAAGCGUUGAACAUGGGGUUCAAAGAAUACUGUAAGUUGGUGUACCCACAACACACAAACACACCCACACAACACACACACAAAACACCCACAACACAAACACAACACUCACACAACACACACAACACUCAGACAACACAUCCACAACACUCAGACAACACUCACACAACACACACACUUAGCCAAGCUGAUUUGUUAAAGUUUUAACUCGACUGCCUGCCGCGAAUGUUUUUAGAAGAAAAAAAAAUAUAUGUCGGUUUUGUUUCGUUUCAGAAUUGUAACCUGUGCUUUAUGUUUGCUUGAUUCAUUCCUCCCAUCUGGCAGGUAUGAGAGGCGUGGAUCCCAAUGUCAACGUGGUCUUGCUGGAAGAUUUUGCUGCUGUGCUAGGUGUGGGGAUAGCCGGUAUCUGCAUCACCGUCUCAGCUCUAACCGGCUCAUCUCUUGCUGAUGCUGCUGGGUCCGCUCUGAUAGGAACCCUGCUUGGGUCCGUGGCAGCUUUCAUCAUCCACCAGAACACUCACCAGUUGGUGGGCAGGUAGGCAUUCAGAAUAUUUGCCAGUUGAUUGCCAGGUGGGCAUAACAGUCACCAGUUGGUGGGCAGGUAGACAAUCAGAACAUUCACCAGUUGGUUGGGAAGGUAGGCGAUCAGAACAUUCACCAUUUGGUGAGCAGGUAGGCAGUCAGAAAAUUCACCUGUUAGUGAGCAGGUAAGCAGUCAGAACAUUCACCUGUUAGUGAGCAGGUAGGCAGUCAGAACAUCCACCUGUUAGUGAGCAGGUAGGCAGUCAGAACAUUCACCUGUCAGUGAGCAGGUAGGCAGUCAGAACAUUCAUCUGUUAGUGAGCAGGUAGACAAUCAGAACAUUCACCAUUUGGUGAGGAGGUAGGCAGUCAGAACAUUCACCUGUUAGUGAGCAGCUAGACAAUCAGAACAUUCACCAGUUGGUGAGCAAGUAGGCAGUCAGAACAUUCACCAGUUGGUGAGCAAGUAGGCAGUCAGAACAUUCACCAGUUGGCGGGAAGGUAGGCAGUCAGAACAUUCACCUGUUAGUGAGCAGGUAGGCAGUCAGAACAUUCACCUGUUAGUGAGCAGGUAGGCAGUCAGAACAUUCACCUGUUAGUGAGCAGGUAGGCAGUCAGAACAUUCACCUGUUAGUGAGCAGGUAGGCAGUCAGAACAUUCACCUGUUAGUGAGCAGGUAGGCAGUCAGAACAUUCACCUGUUAGUGAGCAGGUAGGCAGUCAGAACUUUCACCAGUUGGUGAGCAGGCAGGCAGUCAGAACAUUCACCUGUUAGUGAGCAGGUAGGCAGUCAGAACAUUCACCUGUUAGUGAGCAGGUAGGCAGUCAGAACAUCCACCUGUUAGUGAGCAGGUAGGCAGUCAGAACAUUCACCUGUCAGUGAGCAGGUAGGCAGUCAGAACAUUCACCUGUUAGUGAGCAGGUAGGCAGUCAGAACUUUCACCAGUUGGUGAGCAGGUAGGCAGUCAGAACAUUUACUGGUUGGUGAGCUGGUAGGCAGUCAGAACUUUCACCAGUUGGUGAGCAGGUAGGCAGUCAGAACAUUUACCGGUUGGUGAGCUGGUAGGCUGUGUGGAUAUAUUUUAUGCCUAUUAUUUCUAUAAGUGCAGAAAAAAAAUGCAAGAGAUAAACUCUACUAGGUCAGACGGUAAACUUGUAUAUUUUAAUCAUGCUCUCUUCUCAUUGAUAAAAAACAGCAAUACUACGAGUGGGUAUCGUUUUAAUUUUGUUGUUUUUGUUGUGUUAAAUCUUCACUUUCUUUUUAGCUUAAUGUUUGUAGGGGAAAAAUUAAAAUGCAUUCCUGUCUCUUGGCCCAGGUCUAUUCCUGAGACAGAAAGACAAGAAAUCAGCCAGUGGCUGGAGAGGGACAGAAUGAUCAGGUACUGUGUAAUGUAUCUGAGUAGAUACAGAGAAUGGCUGUGCCAUCAUGUUAGUUGUCAAUGUCACCGGAGUUAUUUUACAUUUAUUUUAAAAUGUGUUACAUUAUUGUCUAAAACAUGUAGAUUUCUCGAAAGUUAUGCAUUCUGACAAUUUUUUAAAAAAUUUCCAUGAAGCCCUUUACACACACAAAAAGUAUGGCCCCACCCUGAUUUAGAGUGAUCAGAUGUUGUAUGGUCAAUCCUAUGUAAUCACUCUUGUAAUUCUAAAUAUCUUUUUCAGAUCUUUCUAAACGAGAGUAAAUAAUUAAGGUAUAAAAGAUUUCCUUGUGCUUUUUUGUACUAGAAGUGAAAAUCUAGAUUUCUAAGUGUCUGUGGAUUCAAACAUGUGCCAGUUGAGAAUAUCAAGUUCAUCCACUCGGUGUUUGGUAAUGAGAGAUGAAUGGAUAAUUUUGUUCUCUCCCCAAAGACUGGACUAGAUAUUUGUUUCUCCCUAAGGAGUAGAAUUUACUAUUUCACAUUAUAUAUGCCAUGCCCCACAUUUUAUCUGCCCUGACAUCCCCCCCCCCCCCCCCCCCCCCCNCGGGUGCUCCAAUGGAUUUUGUUCCGUGGCCAACUCCAUUGUUGAAAGUUAUCCUGGGGCUGCUGGCUUUGGAAAGACACACACACACACAAACAACACAUCAGUUUAUCAUAACCAGAUAUCUGCUCCAACACAGGUGACUGAUGCAUACACACCUGUACACUUUAUUUGUAUCACCCCCCAACCAGGUCACUGCAUGACAUCAAAGCCACCAUGAUGGGUGGUGUGGUGCGCUACAAAGCUGAGGUGGAUUUUGACGGCAGGGAGAUCACAAGGGCCUACCUCUACAAGCAGGAUAUGGAUCUCAUGUUAGCUGUGAGUCAAAAUCUUUGCUGGAUACUCCUCAUUUAAGCCUUCUCCUCAUGUGAUGGUGGCCAUCUUGCCCUUCAAUGUAACUCACAGUAUUGGAGCUUUGUUUUGGUUGUUUUUUGUCCACAUAUUGGAUCCACCGGUGCUGACCUCUAUUUUGUGAAUGUAUUGUUUAGUUGUUCAUCCCAAUGCUGACCUUUUGUAAAUUAUGUACCUAGAAUAUUGACAUGCACUAAGAUGCUGUGAAUGUGGCAAAAUUAAAUAAAAUUUAUAAAGUUUGAUAUUUUUAAGAGAAACAUUCAUUUAAAUUGUCAAUUUCUAGAGUAAAUUAAAGCCACAUUUUAAAACAGUUUAUAAAAUCUAUACCUUAUCUAACAUGAACUAUUUUAGGAACUAUCGGCAUCCUUCCGUCUCGUGAGACGAUGGUGCAUCACCGUUGGGUUGGGUUGCAUUUUCUUGAGUGGCUCUGCAGUCCUAUCCUUGAGUGACAGUCUUUACCACAAUUUUUACACACGAGUUCUGUGCUUCUAAAUGUUUUGGCCUUUCUCCUAGCUCUUCUGUCUGCAGCCUCUUCCAUUCUUCGCUCCUUGGCUACCAUGACGCCCUCUUUGACAACUAUGUGCCACGUAGAUCGGUCUUCUGCCUUACACUCCCAGUCACUUGUAUGUAUUUUGGCUGCUUUCAUGUCCCUUUGACAGACAUCUUUAAAUCGCAGACGUGGGCGACCUGUUUUCCUCUUUCCUGAAGCAAGUUCACCAUAUAGGAGGUCUUUCGGAAUGCGGCCGGGACUCAUUCUUUUAACAUGACCUAGCCAUCUCAGGCGGCUUUCACUAAGGAUUUUAGGAACUAUUUGAAGAAAAAUGCUAUUGUACAACUUUUAAAACUUCAUCACAGAUCCCUAAGAUCGACUUGAUCAGGAUGAAUUCUUUCUCUUAAAGUUAAGACCGAGAGAUAUAAAAAUUCAUUUCUAUGCUAGAGGAACGCUAGAUGCCCUAUGUUUAAAUUGUCAUAAUUGUAAAAUGUCUUGGUUAAAGUAUGUAUUUAUUUAUGUGCUGAAAAUGAAUAUGUAAGAUGUAAUAAAAAAACAUUUUCAUUUAUUUGUAUCAAAUAAAGAAUUUUAUCUAAUUUUUGUUUAUAUUUAAGAGAAACAAAUGUAUUAAUAUUAUCCAUUUUACAUCUUAAUUGAAGAGAAUAUUAAUUAACAACAGAACAGAUCACAUCUAUAUCUAUAUCUAUUUUUUUUUAAAUCUUAAACAUUAGCUUGUGAACAAUUUUCAUACCAUUUUUCACAGGAGGUUCAAAAGCUAAAGACAGUUGAAGAUCUUGAAGUCUUCAUGAUGAAUCAUGGAGAAAAAAUCAUUGAUGAGUUGGGGGCAGAGGUGGACAGGAUAGAGAAGGCUUUGAAGGUAGGGAGCUUUUUCAAUCAUAAAAACUAGGAUGUUUCAGGUGAGGGAUAACACAGUGCUUCUCAAAGUUUUCAACGGGACAGACCCAAAUGAACUAGCAAGGAUUGGUGCCACGUUAAAUUUUUUUUGUGGACUGGUGACAGACUGACAACCAGUUUUAGUUGCACUGACAUUUUCUGAUAUGCUCAUAUUUAAGUUUUAAGAUCAGUCAUAUAUACUUGAUUCAUUCUGGGACUCAAGGUUUAGUAUUGUUUAUAAAUAUGGAUGGUGUAAGACCUAAGCUGGUUUAUAAAUAUAUGUGACACAAUACCUAAAAUGGUUAAUAAAUAAGAGUUGUACAAGACCAAAAAUAGUUUAUAAAUGUGAGUGGUACAAAACAGAAGUGUAUAAAUUAUAUGAGUUGUACGAGACCAAAAAUAGCUCAUAUAUAUAAAACAAUCAGCAGAGUUUAGCAUCUUAUUCUAUAAAUCCAUUACCUUAAAUAUAAUUACUUCCAUUUUUCACAAAUACUUUUUUUUUUUAAUCUCACUUUUGAAUUUUGUUUGUUUAUUUAAAAAUGUAUUUCAGUUGAUAUAUUCUAAGAAAAGCAGUGAAAAAAAAAACAACAGCCUGCAAAGACUGUAUGUCAAAUUUAUUUUGUUCUAUUGUUCCAGAGCCAACAUCCUGAGAUAAGACAUGUGGAUCUAGAAGCACUGUGAGCUAGUGAACACACCUCAUCCAUCUCACUUGUACCACAAAUAACAUCUAUUUAUAGCUGCAAUGACUUUGCACCCAUUUUGUCAGCCCAUUCAGCCAACACUUUUUAAAAGUUUUUAUGUGAAUUAAAUUAAAGUUCAACACUCACCCAAAGUCAUUGAAAGUUAAGUAGGUUUAGAGCUCAUUAAAAUUUAAGUAGAUUUAGAGCUCAUUGAAAGUAAAGUAGGUUUAGAGCUCAUUUAAAGUUAAGUAGGUUUAGAGCUCAUUAAAAGUUAAGUAGGUUUAGGGCUCAUUAAAAGUUAAGUAGGUUUAGGGCUCAUUAAAAGUUAAGUAGGUUUAGGGCUCAUUGAAAGUUAAGUAGGUUUAGAGCUCAUUAAAAGUUAAGUAGGUUUAGAGCUCAUUAAAAGUUAAGUAGAUUUAGGGCUCAUUAAAAGUUAA